CAUCACAAAUCCAAACAGCACCGUAUCGGCUGAAGAUUAACUGUAUCCCAACCAAAACCACUGGGACUGGAAGCCACAAUGGGGCAAAUGCUUGAAAUCUCAAUAUUUGAACUGAGAAACACGGUAACAGAACUGGAAAAAAGACUUAGCAGUGUUGAAGAUGAAGGUAAUGAAUGGAAAACCAGAUAUGAGACACAAGUAGAAUUGAACAAACAGCUGGAAAGGCAAAUUAAUAUUCUUCAAGAGAAGACGGAGCUUAUUCGUGGCAAUCCAGCAGAUAAAUUGUCCAUUGUUCGCAGCUUUGAUCAAAUGCCUGUGGGUUCCUUAAAGGAGGUUCUUAAACAACUAGAAGAAGAGAAGAGAAGUCUCCAGAAUCAGCUAAAAGACUACGAACUUAGACUGGAACAGGAAGCAAAGGCUUACCACAAAGCUAAUGAUGAGCGGCGCAUGUACCUCUCUGAGAUCUUACAGACCUCAGCUACACUUAAAAUUGUUGAAAGGCAAAAACCAGGUGCUCUGACAUGCAAGGGAGAAAACAAGAUACUGAGAGGGAGAUACAGUGUUCCAGGAAACACGAAGAUGGUUAAUCCUCAAAAAGGAUUGAUUAAAAAGACUGUAGGAGUGACACAGCUUCCAAAACUAAAGCACUGAUUUAAUAUUAAUGCCAAGAACUUCCAAUCACUUUUUAAAAAAU